AUGAACGCCCAUACUUUGAAAUUGACAGCCCUCGCCGGAAUCAUGAGUAGAUUGAUGGCGAAAAGUCCGGGAGAAAACGGUUGGAGCCCACAGGCGCAAGAUUUUCUUCAGAACCUGGCCAUAAAACCACUUGACAAGUUGAUGCAGGAACCAUUCCUUGCGAAGAGAGCGGACGAGAGAGACCUGAAGUUGUGCGUCUACAUCACGAACAAAAUUGCGGAUCACAACCUUAUGACGCUAUACCGCCAAUGA